AGAAAUAUUAUAGUGUAAAAAUGAGGAUGAGCUGUAAUGGAUGCCGAGUUCUAAGGAAAGGAUGCAGCGACAAUUGCAGCAUUAGGCCCUGUUUGGAAUGGAUCAAGAGCCCCGAGUCACAGGCCAACGCAACCGUCUUCCUUGCCAAAUUCUACGGCCGCGCUGGCCUCAUGAACCUCAUUAAUGCCGGCCCCUCCCAUCUCCGCCCUGGUAUAUUCAGGUCGUUACUAUACGACGCGUGCGGGCGGAUCUUGAACCCAAUAUACGGGUCGGUGGGGCUGAUGUGGUCGGGUAGCUGGCAGCUCUGCCACAGCGCGGUCGAGGCGGUGCUCAGAGGGGCUCCCGUCACCCGGAUGGACACCGACGCGGCCGAGGCUAAAAACGGCCCGCCCUUGAAGGUCUACGACAUUCGACACGUCAACAAGGAUAAACAGACCGACCCGCGCCGCGUUACGAACAAGCGAUCGGGGAAACGGGCGCGGCUGUCUGAGGAAGUUAACGGCUCGAUUAGCCACGAGUCGUCGCUGAGCCACCAGUCUGAGCCGCCUAGUUCGACUGGGGAAGGGGAAAUUGAGCUGGACUUGACGCUGGGGUUUGAGCCGAUUACGACGCCAAAACGAGCCGGGUCUGGCUUCUCCGAAAUGGAGUUGCGGCUGGAUUGUCUGCCCUCGUGAUCCACGCCUCUAAACUCAUCACUCUUUUAGUUGUUCUUUUUUUAAAUUUUGGUUUUCCAGAUGAAGUUUUGGUAAGUGUUGUAUAUAGAAAAUAUUUCUUUUGAGCGGUAUAUCCUUGCGGAGAUAGUCAAUCUAGAAGGUGUGUUACUAUCAAUGAAUAAAAUGAAAUAGGUUGGCACAACAUGCCCACCUUUUCAUACACAUUUAACAAUAUAGCAUGUCUUCUAACUUUAUACUAUUAUUCAUUUUAUUACGA